CUUGACCGCCUUGAUCAAGAUUGAUGAUUACCGUGGUCUACUCACUAAUAGGAUAACGGUAAAUUGACCUUCGAGUGCGUAUACACCUCGGUUGGCCUUGGAUGCCAAUGGAUCUAAGUCCAGAGAGAGAUUGUAUGAAAGGUUACCUUUAUAAGUGGACAAAUUAUUUAAAAGGAUAUCAAAAAAGAUGGUUUGUAUUACAGAAUGGCCUGUUAUCAUAUUACAGGAAUCCAGCAGAGAUGGCUCAUACCUGUCGCGGAACCAUCAAACUUGCGGAUGCUAUCGUAAAGAGAAUAGGAUCAGUCUAUUUUGAGAUCUCAAAUAGUAGUGCACAAAAAUUCCAUAUAAAGACUAGUUCCGAGAGUGAGCAAUUAGCAUGGUUAUCAGCACUGUCUAAUGCUAAAAAAGCUGCAGUAGCCUUAAGAAAGCAAGGUGAUGAUUCAGAUGCGUAUGCUGAUGGAUUUGAGGAUGAUGAUGAUUACAAGACAUCAUCUACCACUGAUGAAAAUGGAAUUAGAUUUAUUAACGAUGCGCUUGUAAAACUGGAAGCUCAUGUCACUGAUCUUGAACGUUAUCAAUUGACAAUGAAUCGAAAAGGUGAAGAACUUCGACGUUCUGUUGGUGACGUAGAGUCUGCUCGUGAUCCCACUGAAUUGUUGCAACGUUUCAACUUGGCUCGUGAACGUGCUACAGUUUUUAAAGUUGCCAGUAUGGCAAUGGUUAAUUCAUGUUCUGAAUUUACGCGUUUUACGCGUAGUCAAUUUACACGAUGGCAGCGUAUAUUCAAUAAUCAAAAUGAACGUUGUGCUUUACUUGAACAAAUGAUUGAACAACUAGCUAAACAGUUACGUCAGUUAGAAUGUUUAACAAAACAAAAUAAUCCACAAUCUGCUGUAACAACUGGGUCAACUGGUGGAACUACUAAUUCAUCUCUGAAUAUCAAAGCUUUUUGCCGACCGCCUGGCCAAGCGGUCCGUGUACAGCACCUUUCACACACUGAGGCACAUUCUCAGAAAGAAAACGCUACUGUUGCACUGGAUACUACUCAAAAUACUACAGCAUCUACUGUUAGUAACGAAAUAUCAAAUACAUGUCCUGGCGAUUCUUCGAAAGCCACAGCAAAGUCUAUAAGCUCAUCUGAAUCGUCCACCCAUCAUUUUUCUCACUCCAGGGAACCUAUUCAACAACGUUCCUCUCAUCAUAAUGAAGAUACCUCUGAUGAUGACUUUUAUGAUGCAGAGGAGGCUAAUUCUGAAUUUUCAAUCACUUUGCCUGAUCUUUCACCAAGUGAAUCAAAAAAUAAUGGGAGCAAAGAUCCUAGAAAAACUUGUGGAAAUUUGGCUAGUAACAAAUCGAAUGAUAAUCAGACAAGUUUAAGCAAUUCUCAAGAUGAUGACUCUAUGAUACCUGUUGGUUCUGAUAUAGCUGACGAAUAUGAAUCUGAUGUAGGCUUCACUGACGAUGAAGCGGAUGAAUAUACUGAUCAGAAUUCACAAUCGAAUCAAUUCGGAAAACUACGUGAAGCACGAGUUAUACAACCUCGUAGUAGGCGAUGUGAAAGUCGAUCAGGUACUUUAGUUUCAUCUGGUGACGGUCAAAUGACACAGGAUUUAACUACAACUGGUGAAUCUGAUAAUCGUUGUAGUCAUUCACAAACUAAUUCCGAAUUGGAUGUAAUUAAAAAACGUUUGCCUAUUGUAAGAAGAAUGUCUAUACCACCGAAACCAAAUAUCAGUUUGAAUUUAUGGAGUAUUAUGAAAAAUUGUAUUGGAAAAGAAUUGACAAAAAUCCCUAUGCCUGUGAAUUUCAGUGAACCUUUAUCAAUGCUACAACGUUUAACGGAAGAUUUCGAGUACUCUUCAUGCUUAGAUCGAGCUGCUGCAUGUCAAGACUCAUUGGAACAAAUGGCCUAUGUGGCUGCGUUUACUGUAUCCGCUUAUGCUACAACUGCAGUACGUACAAACAAACCAUUUAAUCCUUUAUUGGGUGAAACAUAUGAAUGUGACAGAACUGAUGAUUUUGGUUGGAGAUCAUUUGCUGAACAGGUUAGUCAUCAUCCACCAGCAUGCGCAUUACAUUGUGAAAGUAAUGCAUGGUAUUGUUGGUUCGAUUUUUCCAUGACAACAAAAUUUCGUGGUAAAUAUUUACAAAUUAAUCCAGUUGGUACAUGUCAUUUAGUAUUCCGUCGUACAGGUCAUCAUUAUACAUGGCAUAAAAUCCCAUUAACCGUACAUAAUAUCAUUGUUGGACGUUUAUGGAUUGAUAAUAGCGGUGAAAUGGAUAUUAUCAAUCAUAAUACAGGUGAAAAAUGUCAUCUCUCUUACAAACCUUAUUCAUAUUUUUCUAAUGAAAAACCACGUCGGGUUACAGGUGCUGUACUUGACAAGUCUGGUGAGGUACGGUAUGUUUUAAAUGGUACAUGGGACGAUUCACUCGAGUAUGCGCCUGUAGUGAGUACUAGACAUUCACGCAAUGGGAAACCAGUAUUAGAAACUGGACCUGCACGUGUUCUAUGGCAAAGUAAUGCUUUACCACCUGAUGCAGAACGAAUGUAUUGUUUCACACGUUUAGCAUUACAGCUGAACGAACCUGAGGAGGGUGUUUGCCCCACUGACUCUCGUCUGCGUCCUGAUCAGCGUCUUAUGGAAGCUGGUCGUUGGGACGACGCUAACAGAGCAAAGGUAGAACUCGAAGAACUACAGCGCCAACGAAGACGUCAAAUGGCUGCCGAGUUAGCCGCUCAGUCACUUGAUUCCAGCAAACAAGACGAACCAAGCGAUAUGCAUAAUAAAUAUGAAAGUUCUGUUUCUGAUCGAUAUAACAGUCCAUCAAGUUCAUCUGCAAGUAACUUUCUCGAUAUUGUUGAUAGUCAACAUAAACCAUUAUGGUUUACAAAAGAAUUCGAUCAAGUUACUAAUAAAGAAACUUAUAUAUUUACUGGAAAAUACUGGGAGAACAAAUUAACUCAUGAUUGGUCAAUGUGUCCAAAAAUCUAUUGAUCUUCAUAGGUGUGCAAAUGAGAAGAUAUACAAAUUUACUGUAUUAUUAUUUUUAAUUCAUUUCUGUUUUCUUGCCAAUGAAUGAUUAAACUAAUCGUGAUAGACCUUAUUUGUUCCUAUAUUACAGAUAAAGAAAUAUCUUUGUAUUUCUAAAACAAUUAUGAUAUCACUAGUAUUAAGAAUAUUUAAGUUUGAUAUGCAAAUGUUCUUAAUUUGUGUAAUCUUGUUUGAAUAAUCCAGUGACAUUCACACCAAUGUCUGUAAUUUGUUACAAAGUCACCACUAUUCUUUUUCAUAUAUGACACCCUGAUUUCUUUGAAUAAUCUCGAGAAGAAAUCAGUACCAACACUUUUGUUUCUGUAUACUGCAAGAACAUAACUAUACAGUGUGAUUGAAACUGUCCACUUGCAAUAUGACCUUGUUUAGUUGCAUCUAAUAAACUGUAUUACUACCAAUUAGUAAUAAAAUUAAUGAAUCAGUCAAAUUCAAGCGUUACUUUAAUUUUCUUACAUCAGAUAGACAAACUAGAUCCUGCUAUUUGAUUACAUAGUUGUAUCUUUCUUCAUUACACUUGUGGAGAGCAUCACACCUCUUUAUAUAUUCACAAUCAGUAUGUUCAUUUCUGUUUCUCCACCUGUCUCCUUUUCUUCAUUUAUGUAGUAUACAUUUUUUCCUAAUGUUUACAAAUGAUACAUUUUGUGAUGGAAAUGUUUCAUUCUGUUUAUUUUUUUCCCUUUACUUUACUUUAUUGUGUUUCUUCUAUAAUGAAUUUAGCUAAUUAUUGAAUUUUUUUCAUUAAAAAAAAUAAACAAAUUAUUCAGCAUUCAAAUUAAGAUGUGUAAUAAACAUUGCUUAAAUUUUUGUCUGUGAAAUUCCAUAUUUUUAUGCUGCGUAUUUUGGCUGUAGAUUUAUUCAAGAAUUUUCAAGAUUCGUAUGAAUGUUGUGCAAGGUUAACUUAGCAAUUAGUUUUUAGUGGUCCAGUAUCUGAACCGAAUUUGUAGGAACAAUUGAAUAUGCUAUGAAAUAAAUCUUUCCUUCC